GAUUAAAGUUAAUCUACAUCAACAGAAAUGCGACGUAAAUCUGAAAAAAAUCAAAUCCGACGUUUCCAAUGAUCACAUCGCAAUGCGCAUUAUUCAAAAUAAUUAAAAAAAAUUAUUCUCGCUUAAUUUCUUAUUUAUAGAACAAAGGGAACGUCGACGGUUAUGGAAAUUAAAAUAGCUCGUUUACAUAAAUAUCGAAAUUGGACGUGGAGAUAAGUAUCGCCGCCAUCAAUUACCUGCUAGAACGCAGGCGGUGUGUUUUGAGACGUAAUUUUAUCGUGUUCAGCAGUGUGUUAUCACACACGUGUUGCGUACCGUAAUUUACAUUAUACGGCACUUAUCAAAAAUUUUCCAAGAGCGCACGGUCAAGGUGAUCAAGGCGACGGGGAAGGGACGUGAAGGGAAGAGAAGGGUUAAGGGCGAGCGGCAUCAGCGGGCGAGCUCAAGUCGUCGGUCGAGCUUUCCCGCCUUUCAAAUAUCCCGGACACGAAUCGAAUUCGCGCGGUGAGUGUGUUUACCCGUCGUCACGUGUGCGACGACAACGACGACGAUGACGACGACGACGACGACGACGACGACGUAUCGAUUCUUCCGAAACGCGCAUUGAAGCCUUCAAGGCGAGCAAAACGGACGAGUGGACCAGUCGCGUCGACGUAAAGACGUAAACAAUACUGUGAGAGACGUCGUCGUUUGUACCCGUGCGCAUACGAAAGAGAAAAAGAAAGAGAGAGAGGAAGAGAGAGAGAGAGAUACACAUUUGUUAACGGGGAAAACGUCGAUGACUCGAUGACGCACGAGGUGCUAUAUGGGUCAAGGAAUAUAGGCCGACAUGACGGCGGCGGCGGUUUCGCGUCGCGCGUUCUUGAAACCGGGAAAGUCCACGGCGACGACGGAACGGCAGACGAGUCUACGGUCGAGUCGGCGCGUGGAAACCACGUAGUUAGAGAAGGAUUCCGCGCGAGAAAAGCGACGAUGUGAUAGACUACAAAGCGGAACAGAGAACGGCGCGCAGCGGCAGAAGAGAGAAAGAGAGAGAGAGAGAGAGAGAGAGAACGACGGACGGGAUACGUAAACUGACGCUACGCCUCGCAAUUCGUGGCGUGAUGUUACUCAAACAGAUGCUGGAUCCGAGCGUAUUAACGGACCUGGAGGAGCUGACGCUUUGCGGUUGCUGCAAGCAGAAGUACAAUGACGUAGAGCAAUGCCCCAAGUAUCUUAGCUGCAAGCAUUACUUCUGCUUACGGUGCAUCGAGAGCAAUCUGCUGAAGGGACGCGAUCUGCAGUGCGCGCAUUGCUGGAAAACGACGGAUUUGGGUAACCAAGGCGCGGACGCUUUACCGACUCACUCUGCUCUACUUGCCUUGGCCAACAAUUUGUCGCGUCUCAAGAUCACGACAAACAAUACGUCCGGCAAACCUGACAAGGAGAGGAAGAGCGAGAACUGUCACACACACGGAAUGCCGCUAGCAUUGUGGUGUGCGACAUGUUGCACGGCGCUUUGUAGGGCGUGCGCAAGCCCACAGGAUCACCCGGGUCAUCAGAUCAAAUCGCAAACCGAUGCCAAAGAACAGCUCAUAUCCGACGUUCAAUUGGAGUUAGUCACCGUGGGUAAACUGUCGACGGAGAUUCAAAGACUGGCCGUGCAGCAACGUGAGUUUCUAAUAAAGGUGCUGGAAGCGUGUGUGACGUUGAAGACGCAUGUAGAGACGGAUCUGCAAAAUGGCUGGAGUCACUUUCCCGAGAUAACGGACGCGCGCGAGACUCUAGGCAAGACGAGGGCUGGACUGCAGAUGAGCGAGACUCCGGGAGAUGUCUACAGUCUGCACUCGCAGUUAAUUCUCGAGAAACAAAGGUUGCAGUCGAAAUAUCAAGAGAUGAUGUUACAGUGUCAACUAGAUGAUCUCAUUGGAAACUCUGGAGUGAUAUUUGACUUCGCCUUGCUAAAGCAGGCAUUGGCGGGGAUACAUACGGGAGAUCCGAUUGUCCCUCAAGGAAAUGGCGGUCGCUUGCCGAAUCAUCUCGCGGCUUCGCAUAAUCCGAUUUUGUUCCUCGCGAAUUAUUGCAUGUCGCAAUUGUAUACACGUCACGUUGUUAGCAAGCAACAGCACAUGCAGAACGGCUCGAUGGAGUAUCAUCAUUCAAGUAUGAUGCCACCACCGCCCCAACAAGCACCAUCCGUUCACGUUCAUCAAGGUCCACCGGCGCCACCAUCGGGACCGGGACCCAACCAAGCUCCCCAGCAGCUUCUCAUUCCACCCGGUUCGCCGUCCGUUAAACCCGUACCACCUGCACCGCCCAACGCCAUGUUGCAUCCGCAGCAACAGUCAACGUUCAUGCCUGACGCGGUCGGCACUGGCGCCGGUGGCGGUAGUCUAGUGACCGUCCACUCGUCCCCGCAACCGCCGUCCAACGCGAUAACGGCGACGUUGACGCGAGGUCCUGCGAAUCCUUAUCCUCUAUACUACUUCAACAUCGAGGUGAAUGGUUCACCGCACGGGCGCAUCGUGAUCGAAGUGCGACCAGACGCGGCACCGAAGAUGGCCAAGAACUUCAGCGUGCUGUCAACGGGAGAGAUCGGAUUCGGGUACAAGGGAUGCACGAUAUUCCAGUGUUGGGAAGGCGAGUCCGUGAUCACAGGUGAUUUCGAGCUUAACAACGGCCGCGGUGGACGCAGCAUAUUUGACGACGGUUAUUUCAUGCCGGACGAUACCAAGUUCCCGGCGGUUAGGGGCGCGGUGGGUAUGAGGCGGACGCAGAAACGACACGACAACCUCGGCAUGGUCGGCUCGCAAUUUCGCAUAAUCCUGCAGGAGAUGCGCGGCUUUACUGGCAUCUUCGGUCACGUUGUCGAGGGAUUGGAGCUGGUGGAGAAGAUAUCUACGUACGGCGAUCAGACCGGCAAGCCUACCAAGAAUAUUCUAAUCACGAAAUGCGGUAAAUUGUAACGUUUAUGAUGUCGCUGUCGCGCGGUUUGUUGCAACGCGGGGUAAUUCUCCGAGAAAUGAGUAUACACUCCGUAUAUAUGUAUAUAUACAUAUAUAUAUAUAUAUAUAUGUGUGUGUGUACAUAUGAUAUAACGCCGUAUACAACACGCGUUUUCUUGCUCUAGAUAACCGAAAGAAAGUCGCCACGGUAUCCCCGACUCCGCGUGCGUUCGCGGCACGAGAGAAACCUAUAAUACGUAAGAAGAAAUGUGCAAAAAGAAAUCACGUUAUACACGUAAUUGUCCGGCGACGGGAGACGAUUAUUGUUAUUAUUAUAUCCGCCGCGCGUAUAUCCGCUCGGGGAAAUCGUCGCGAUACGUUUAUUAGCUCCGCGAAUCCUCGAACGUUCCGUACGAGUCAUGCAACUUAAUUAACUAUUAACAAUAGUGUCUAAAGAUGUCGAAUCUAUUUUUAAAACAUGGGCGUGCGCGAGAAAAAGAAAAAGAGAAAAAAUCCAUAUUUUGCUAUUGACUGGGAAUCGAUACGAGAUUCUGCUAACAAUAACGACGAUGAUCGAUAUACACAGAGACACACAUACACACAUACGUACCUCAGAGAUCGACCGUGAUAUCGAUACGACUUCUCUAGCUGAUACGACAUAUUUGUUUUUUUAGGGAGAGAGAGGUCUGACCGUUUAUUUUGGCUAUUAUCGGCAUUAACUCUUCUACGACAUUGUAGUUCAUAGAGCGCGUAUCGCGCGUUGAACGUGAUAUAAUGGAGAAAAUAAUACCGCGCGCGAAUCGCGGCGGACGGUUCUCCGGCCGGCUGCGAGCGCAGCUAAUGUUUUAGGUCAUAGAUAGCGAAUAAUAAAAGGAUGAAAAAAAAAUGCACACGUAGAAUAAUCUGGGAAUUUAAGUGUAGCGAACUGUCGGAGGGAACCGAAUCGUGUGUUAUGUACACGACAUAUUUACGAAGAAACGAAAGAGACAGAUCUGCACGCGAGCAAACAUUCGACUCUUUCGAUUCUUGUUCUUUUUUUUUUUUUUCGCCGACUUUCGCGACUUGCUGCUAAAGUUGUGAAUCGCGCGAUUCCAUACGCGGGUCUCUCGUUUAGAUAUUUUAGCCGAGAGAGCAAGAAGAGAUAUCGGUAUAGUUAAUCACGUAGGAGGGCAGUUUAUGGUUCGUCGGACACGGCGUGUCGUUCCGUUCCGUUCCAGGGGUGCGAGGAAAAAGAGCUAAAAGGGAAGAGAGAAAAAAAAAGAGAUAUUCAUCGCGCGCGCGCGUCUUGCGAAGAAGAAUCUUGCGAUACCGCUGCUCGGAUACUUGCGACUCGAGCCCGUUCCCUUUUCGUUCUUUGCGAACUAGCGAACCGUCAAUGAGUUAUCUGUAUUUAAGAUUAGAUCUCAAUACGUCGCAAAUGUAUGCAAGGCCUAAAUACUACUAUGUAAACCGUAAGCCUCGUGUCGUCUAAUCGGGAAACGAAAGGGAAAAAAAAUGAUGAAAUGUGCGGAUAUAUAUAACGUAUAUAUAUAUAUAUAUAUAUUAUAUUAAACGAAUCAUUCCUCGAUGCUAUAUAUCGAAAAAUACUACGAUAUAAUGUAACUGCGUUAUAACUACUCGUCUAAAUCCUCGUAAUGAAGUCCCAUGCGUUAUUAUCGUUACAUACAAUGUCACACACGCACGCGUGUACGCGGGGAGUGGACGCGUAAUCUCUCCCUCUCUCGCGAAUACACGUGCGUGCGAUAUAUUUCCACGCGCGUACAAGGCAAGGCACACUCACGCGUAAUAAGCAGAAAUUGCACGCCCUCGCGUCGUCGCGGAUAUGCCUUCUCGAAGAAAAGCCUCAUUCGAUGUUGAACUUGAAAGUUUUAACACUUGUUGAUUAGCUGAUUAAAAAAAAAAAAGAAGAACGCGUCACACGCGAUCGACGUCGCGAUGACUAACGUAAUGCGUCACGUCGUCUUUAGGAAUAAAUAACUCGCUCCUGUACGAUCAAGAGCGGAAAUGCUGUCCGAGUCAAAUGUAGCAAAAAAUUGAACUGUAUUUGUAUCGAGCUUCUCUCUUCUCUAGAGAAGAUGCCAGUAAUUGGUUAGCUGGCCAGCUAAGAUCUAGAGAAAGUUUAACGAGACUCAUAGAUAGAGAAGCUCGUUCAAUUUGAAACAGUUCACGAUCUCCUCAUGCCGGAAAGCAUUUUUGCUGUCGAUUGCACAUGUACAAUAUUGUAUACACGACGACCGUAAGGGGGUUUGGGGAGGGGGGGGGGUUAGAUGAUUGUGUGUUCGAACGGAUGGAUGAAUGAACGAAAUCUCUUGUUUCGAUCCCGAAACGGGAAAGACUCCGACAAUUGUAACUCUUAGUACGUAAUCGUAGACGCAAUCGUAAAGAAAAGAACAUAUUGUAUUGAAGCGAGUGAAGAUCAGGCCCACCUGUACACGUACAUAUAUACAAAAUACACAUAUAUAUAUAUAUACACACAGAUACAGAUACCUAUGCGCGCGCGUAUAUAUAUACAAAUAUAUAAACUACGUAUAUUUUUAUGAACGUGAUGAGGUAACAACGCAUAGCUUGUAAUAUCGAUUUUAACGACCGACCGAUUUACCUGGCCCCUCGCGUGCGAUUAAACGAUUGAGCGGCUGUAAGACUAAGCACUUGGACAAGUUUUUUCCUCGCCUUUCUACCUCGCCAUUAUUUCCCUCCGUAUCUCUCCUUUUUCUUCCGCUCUCUUUUUCUCUCUCUCUCUCUCAUUCCUUGCUCUCGAGUUGCGAUGAUCAUUGAAAACGCAAAGAUCGUGAUUUUUUUUUCAGGUUCGCGGUAAUCACACCGUAGGAGCCAUCAUUUAAACGAAUUUUAUUAUUUCAUUAUACAUGUACGAAGUGAACGUUUAUUGCUCCAACUUAAAUGUAUUUUUAAUCAAUCGAUUUUUGAGUUAUAAAACUAUUCUCCUUUCA